AUGAAUACUCCAGCAGGAACAACAAGUGACAAUAGUGAGACGUGCCUUGGUUUCUAUCGAGAGAGCAGCGACGACAAUUUAACAAUGAGCACAUCCUGGAGUGACCGUCUGCAGGACUACGCUGACCUCCCUGCGAACAUGGAUGGAGUGGCUCUGAAGAAGUACACGCGGGAGACCCAUCAUAGAGUGUUCGUAAACAGAAGCUUGGCGAUGGAAAAGAUCAAAUGCUUUGGGUUUGACAUGGACUAUACUCUUGCAGUAUACAAGUCCCCUGAGUACGAGUCACUGGGGUUUGACUUGACGGUGGAGCGCCUUGUGUCCAUUGGAUAUCCGCAAGAAUUACUCAACUUCGUGUAUGACCCCGCCUUUCCCACCAGAGGAUUGGUUUUCGACACCUACUAUGGGAACCUGCUGAAAGUGGACGGUUACGGCAACAUCCUGGUCUGUGUGCAUGGCUUCAACUUCAUAAAGGGACCAGACAUCAGAGAGAUGUAUCCGAACAAGUUCAUACAGCGUGGAGACACCGACCGCUUCUACAUCCUCAACACACUGUUCAACCUCCCUGAGACCUACCUCUUUGCCUGUUUGGUCGACUUCUUUAGCAACUGCUCCAGAUAUUCCAGUUGUGAAACUGGCUUCAAAGAUGGAGACCUUUUCAUGUCAUUCAAGAGCAUGUUCCAGGACGUGCGAGACGCUGUGGACUGGGUGCAUUUCAAGGGUUCGUUAAAAGAGAAGACUGUUGAAAACCUGGAGAAGUAUGUUGUAAAAGAUCCGAAGCUGCCUCUGCUCCUGAGUCGCAUGAACGAAGUUUCAAAGGUUUUCCUGGCCACUAACAGCGAUUACAAAUAUACACAGAAAAUUAUGACGUACCUUUUUGACUUUCCUCACGGACCAAAGCCAGGGACCCCCCACAGGCAUUGGCAGUCGUACUUUGAUCUGAUCUUGGUGGACGCUCGCAAGCCUCUGUUCUUUGCAGAGGGGACCGUUUUGCGCCAAGUGGACACAGUUACAGGUCGUCUAAAGAUCGGAACAUACACUGGACCGCUCCAGCACGGCAUUGUGUACUCCGGAGGCUCCUCUGACAUUGCGUGUGACCUUCUUGGAGCCAAAGGAAAGGACAUAAUUUAUAUUGGAGAUCAUAUUUUUGGAGAUAUUCUCAAAUCUAAGAAGCGUCAGGGCUGGAGGACGUUCUUGGUGAUCCCAGAGCUGGCCCAGGAGCUUCAUGUGUGGACAGACAAAAGCGCUAUAUUUGAAGAGCUUCAGUUUCUGGAUUGCUUUCUUGCGGAUCUUUACAAAGAUUUGGACAGCAGCAGUAAUGAACGUCCAGACAUCAGUUCACUUCAGAGACGGAUCAAGAAAGUGACCCACGACAUGGACAUGUGUUACGGGAUGAUGGGCAGUCUGUUUCGCAGCGGAUCCAGACAGACCCUGUUUGCAUCUCAAGUCAUGCGUUACGCCGACCUAUAUGCGGCCUCCUUCAUUAACCUGCUGUACUACCCCUUCAGCUACAUGUUCAGAGCAGCACAUGUACUGAUGCCACACGAGUCCACUGUGGACCACACCCACGUUGACAUAUUGGACUCUGAGUCUCCCCUCGCCACAAGAAACCGGUAUGAGCUGGACCUGAGGGAGGAGUGUAAGCGGGCCCAGCUGACCCGCUCGGUCAGCGAGAUCCAGCCUCCGCACUUCUUCCCAACAGCUCCACAAGAGAUCACACACUGCCACGAUGAGGAUGAUGAUGAUGAGGAGGAAGAAGAGUAG